AUGUCUUACUGGAUGACAACCCCAGCAACGCCAGCAGCCAUACACCAGGUCAUGGAAGGUGGGCUCUUUCCGCCUCCAACAAAUUCCCCAGCAUCAUUGAGCGAGCCAGAAGCUGCCGGGGCUCUCGUCAAUCUGUCCAACCCAACACCACCUCAGCCCACUACCAGGGACUCAACCAUAGACCUCUUCACAACCCUCCCUCCAGAGAUCCGCCACAUGAUCUACGCCUUCCUCUUCCCAGAAGUCGCCCACCAACACUCACCAUACAACAUCAGCAUAACCCGCGACCGCGAAUGGUGGCGUUCAGCAAUAAGCCCGCGCACGCGACUGGAUCUACCCGAGUACAUCGUGACUGGAGAGCGUCGAGACAAUGGUAUGCGUCAAAACUAUGGUAGCCUCACAUUGGCUGGUUUACUCCAGAACUUUCGGAGCAACGCCCGGAACGAACACAGCCUCGCCUGGCUGCAACCCCUCAUGAACGUUUCACUCGUUUCUCGUCUCCUGAGGGUGGAGGUUGCUCUGUGGCUGUACCCCAAAUUGAAGUUCAACUUCGAUCACUCAGCCGAUGCUUUCGAGAUCUUCGGCCAUUCGUCCCAGGUCAUCCUCGGGUCAGUGCGCUCAAUCUCAUUCCAUCGCAACACCUCCGGCUGCCGCUGCCAUCUCUGCCGCGAAUCAAGACAGUGGUGGAAGUCCAAGGACGUCACAAGAUUGGCGGCAUUGUUGCCAGGCUUGGAGGUAUUGGAACUCGCGAUGCCGGUCAACUGGACGUCGGCGAGACCACCGAAGAUCAAGGACCUGAGAGUGGUGCAGUCCAUCCUGGACGAUCAUCCCAAUCUGCGCAAGGCUACUGGACGCUCACUGAAGUGCUCGGAGUCUGAUGCUGUCCAUGCAGCCAUGGGCAAGGUGCGAUUGCUAUCGGAACGUGCCUUCGCGGAGACCUCUCAUCCAGCUCUUGACGUAAGAAAGAUUCUCAGACGGUAUGAUGACGAUGUGCGGAAGCGCAAGGCAGCUAAGGCAGAGCAAUCGGAGGAGCGGAGGAAAAAGAGGGAAGAGUUUAAGAAGAAGCGAGAAGCGGCUGAGGAACAAGGACGGAAGGAGCAUUGGAGGAGAUGGCCGCUACCGACCGGCUUCACCAACCCCACCACCGUCUGUAUUCAGGACCAGGCACCUGCCAUCGGGAGCCCCGAGAUGACACAAAGUCCAGAGCCAGUGUCACCGUCUCUCGCCAUCGGCGUAAAGCUGGAUAAAGAAUACCGGCCUCCAGUGACCAGAAGCCAGUGCAGGGCCCAGAACCGGCAGUGA